CUAACUUUCAGUGUAUUUACAGGUGGCACGAAACGGGACUUAAAAAUGGAGACAUCAGGGUAGAAGGUAGAAGACUUGGUAUUACGGCCAUCAGGGUUCUUGCUGGCUCCGUGUGAGAUUGGUUUGUUCAGCCACACCACUGCCACUACCUUGUGGAUAACAUGAGUACUCUAAUGAUGUGUCAAGAUCGAUCAUUGGACAUCUUGAAAUUUUCCUCACAUCUGUACUCCAACUUUCGGCAUAAACUUUUGCUAUAAUGAACUAAGUGUCUUAGAAAUUCCUAUGCAAAGCACCUUUUACAAAAUAGAGUAAUAGUAUCUUUUGAACUGAAAAGGAAUUAUUGAGAAUCAUAAAGCUAUAGAAAAAAUUUAAAUAUUUUCUUAGAAAUGUGUUUAAAAUGAUACUUGUUAUAUGGGUGAUUGAAAAAUAAAUAAGUAUAUUCUUUUGGAAAUGCAUACCAAUUAGGUUAUUCGAUAUUUUUAUUGUGAAGUGGAAUUGACGACAGAAAGAGCUUGGAAAUGUUUGACUAAAAAUAAAGAUUCUUUAAAGCUUUCUUACAGUACACAGGAACAUGGAUCAUCUUGGAGGAACUAGUGUGGGGUGGUACAACUGGGAACUUGUGACCAAUAAGGUUCAGGUAGACCUUAUGAAUGCAGAUGUUGUCCACCAGAUAAAUCAUCCAGUGCAAGCAUCGUAUGGAACUCCACAACAUGUGUCUGUCCAGCUUGCAGUACCACAAGCUCCUCGUUCUAAUCAUGCCGUCAGUUUAGAAUCUACUAAUUCUACAAAUAACCCAAAGCCUCCAGGCCCACGACCUCCAAGAGGUCGCCACGCCCAUGGAGAGCGUGUGGCAUGUCAUGAGUGUGGUAAGACAUAUGCAUGUAAUGCAAAUCUACGAGACCACAUGAGGAUACAUACUGGUGAAAGGCCUUUCUCUUGUGAUGAAUGUGGAAUGACUUUCACACAGAGAUCAAAUCUCCGCAUGCACAAACGUGUCCAUACUGGGGAACGACCAUACAUGUGUGGUGUGUGUGGGAAAACAUUUUCUAGGUCAUCUCACUUACCUGGCCACAUGCGACAGCACACAGGAGAAAAGCCAUAUACAUGUGAAGAAUGCGGACAAACUUUUACCACAAGCCAGAGUAUGAAAAAUCAUAAGCGCAUUCAUACAGGAGAGAAACCAUAUGUUUGUGAUGUUUGUGAUGCUGCCUUUACUCAAAGUUCCACUCUGUCCACUCAUAAGAAAUCGCACACUGGAGAUAAGCCUUUCAAAUGUGAUAUAUGUAAUAAAAGGUUCAUUUUCCGAUCUGGUUUAAAUGAACACAUGAUAGUACAUAGUAGAGAUAAACCAUACCAGUGUGACCAGUGCCACAAGAGAUUCAAAUACUCCAAUUAUUUGUCAAAGCACAAAAAAAAGUAUUGCGGUAAUGAUGGCUAUCGUAAGAGGUGGCAGAAGUCUGGGGUAAAAAAGCCAUCAGGAAGAAGAUCAGGCGGGUUUCGCAAAGGUUCAUCCUCCAUGAGAGUAACCACUCAUACCCUAGAUGAUGAUCAAGGUGAUGAUGAUGAGGUCAUAUCCCUUCAUGAAGAGGAAGAAGAGGAGGAGGAGGAAGAGGAACAGAGACAGGAGCAACAGCGGAAAAGCAGGAUAUCUCGUUAUGAAAAGAGGAAGGAGAAGAUUCCAUUACACAUUUCUGAUGAUGGUGAUUGGAAAAAGGCUUGGAUAAAGCAAGGAUAUAAGUAGAACAUUUAUGAAAUUGGUUCCACAGUUUGUCACAUGUGCAUUACAUCUGUACAUUCUUGCCUUUGUGUGAAAAUUUUUGAGUUUAAUGAUUAUAUGCUUUAAUUGUAUAGAUAGAAAGUUAUUACAGAUUAAUUGUAAGAUAUUUCUUUGAAAUCUCCAUAUAUUUAGCAUUCCAUAUAAGUAGGCAUCUUUUUUCAUAUUGGUGCAUUAUAUAUUCCAGGCCUCUGCUUGGCCCUUUUAAUUGUAAUAGGCUAAUUUAUAUGUGAUAAACGGUUUACAUGCCAUUAGAUUCCUAAAAAAAAAAAGAAGGAUAAGUUAACUUUCCUUUGUAAUAGUGUGUAUCUACAAAAAAGCAGGCUUUUUGCCAUAUCAUUGGUCAUGAAGCCAAAUAAAUAUGAAGAGUAUGUGAGUGAUUAAAUGAUAUUUGAGUGU